AUGGCGCCCAUCUCUGCUAGGGGCAUCGCCUUCUUGGCCACUGCACUGCUCUCAACGCUUGUUUCAGCUGUCGAGUACCUCUCAAUCAGCGGCUCCGACUUUGUCACCAACUCGACUAACAAGCGCUUCGAUAUAAUCGGUGUCACCUACCAGCCCGGGGGCUCCUCUGGCUUCACUUCUACUGCCGAUCCCCUGAGCGACACUGAAGCCUGUCUUCGCGAUGCCAUCAUUAUGCAGAAGCUGGGGGUCAAUGUGGUCCGGAUAUACAACUUGGACGCGGAUCUCAAUCACGACGAAUGUGCAUCCAUCUUCAAUGCUGCUGGCAUCUACAUGCUCCUGGAUGUGAACAGCGGUCUUUACGGUCAGUACAUUGACCGAUCCGACCCGUCAAGCACCUACACCGUAGACUACAUGGAGCACAUCUUUGCCAUUGUCGAGGCCUUCUGGAGCUACCCCAACACUCUGGGUUUCUUCGCCGGAAAUGAGAUCAUCAACGAGGACGCUGAUGAGUCUGUACCCAAGUACAUCCGCGCCGUCGUCCGUGAUCUGAAGGAGUACAUCGCCCUGCACGCGCCGCGCAGCAUUGGCGUGGGCUACUCGGCCGCAGAUGUCGCAACCAUGCUCACAGACACGUGGGCGUACCUGGGCUGCGAGCUGGAGAACUCGACCUACUCCAAGAUGGACUUCUUCGGGCUGAACGACUACGAGUGGUGCGGCGAUAGCAGCUUCACCGAGUCGGGCUACGAUGACCUGGUCACCGACUUCUCGGGCACCGACAUCCCCGUCUUCUUCUCCGAGUACGGCUGCAACAACGUGGCGCCCCGCACCUUUACCAACGUGCCCGUGCUCUACGGCGACGACAUGGCCGAGCUCAGCGGCGGCCUGGUCUACGAGUUCACGCAGGAAACAGACAAGUACGGGCUCGUCGCCAUCAACAGCUCCACCGAGGUCACCCUGUUGCAGGACUUCAACUACCUCAUGCAGGAGUUCCUGACCAUCGACGUCGCCAGCCGCGAGGAGAUCAACAAGACGGCCGAGAGCGCCAGCGCAACCAGCUGCGCUGCGUCCCUGAUCUCCGAGUCGACCUUCCUCAGCGACUGGGACCUCCCUGACCGCCCCAGCGGCGGUGAUGACCUGGUCACCAGCGGCAUCACCAGCGCCCCCACCGGAUCUCUGGUCAGCGUCACGGCCACUACCAUGCCCGCCACCGUGUACAACUACACUGGCGCCGAAGUCACCGGGCUGGCGCUUGUGUCCCUGGGCUGUGCCGACAGCAACUACCCAGGCCUGAUUUCGACCUACACAGCUGGCGAUGAGACCUGUGUCUAUGCUACCUCCACCGGCACCUCAAGCUCGAAAAGUCUGGCUGGCCCGUCUUUCAACGUCGAUGUGGGCACUAUUGCCAUGUUCGCCGCCGUUCUGUCCGGCUUCGUUGGCGGCCUCAUGUUGUUGUAG